AUGAUAGCUAAUUUAUUCUCUAUCUUUGACCCCUCCUCUAUAUUAACCCUCCCUUUAAAUUGAUUAGCCGUCUUUGUCGGUUUGUUUGCCCUUCCCUGAGGCUUCUGAAUUAGAACUAACCGAGCCGCCAAAUUCUUUACUCUAGUCUCAGACCAACUUCACAGAGAAUUUAAAACUCUAGUAGGAGUGGGGGGGGCUCAGGGGCACACACUCAUUUUUAUCUCACUAUUUUUAUUUAUUUUAUUUAAUAAUUUUUUUGGGUUGGCACCGUACGUAUUCACAGCAUCCAGCCACUUAGCUAUGACCCUGGCCCUAGCUUUCCCACUUUGACUAGCAUUUAUUCUUUACGGGUGACUUAGUCACACUACUCAUAUGCUCGCCCAUUUAGUUCCUUUAGGGACCCCCCCAGUUUUGAUACCCUUUAUGGUUCUUAUCGAAACCGUGAGUAACGUUAUCCGCCCUGGGACCUUAGCUGUACGUUUAGCAGCUAAUAUGAUUGCUGGCCACUUACUUCUAGUACUGCUAGGUAAUCAAGGGCCCUCGUUGUCCUCUUCUCUUUUAAGAAUUCUUCUGGUUACCCAGAUUUUACUUUUAACGCUAGAAAGCGCGGUAGCUAUCAUCCAGUCUUACGUAUUUGCUGUUCUGGCGACUCUUUACUCUAGAGAAGUAGUUUAA